AUGCAGCCGUUGAUUGAUGAGUUAAAGUUAUUGUGGCAUCAAGGUGUUGAAACCUAUGAUAUAUCAACUAAACAGAACUUCAGAUUGCGUGCUGCGCUAAUGUGGACUAUAAAUGAUUUUCCUGCUUAUGGAAUGCUAUCCCGGUGGUCGACUGCUGGAAAGUUAGCCUGCCCGACUUGCAUGGAAGACACAAAAGUGUUCACUUUGAAACAUGGAGGUAAGAACACAUGGUUUGACUGUCACCGUCGUUUCUUGCCAAUGGAUCAUGAAUUUAGGAAAAAUUCUAGUGCAUUUAUGAAGAAUCAAACUGAUUAUGAAGAGCCACCUUCAGUCUUGUCGCCAGAAGAAAUUUGGAACAGAGUUAGGGAUCUACCUAAGGUAGCAGAGUCUCCAUUGCCUAAUAAGAUACCUGGUUAUGGUGUUACCCAUAACUGGACUAAACAGAGCAUAUUUUGGGAGUUACCUUAUUGGAAGCAUAAUCUUCUAAGGCAUAAUCUUGACGUCAUGCACAUUGAGAAGAACUUUUUUGAUAACUUAUUUAAUACUGUGAUGGAUGUCAAUAACAAGACAAAAGAUAACUUGAAGGCCGGGAUGGACUUGAAGGAAUAUUGUAGGCGAAGUGAGUUGUACCUUACAUACUUGAACAACAAGAUUCAGAAGCCCAAUGCUAGUUACACAUUCACUUUGGAUGAGAGAAGAGAGAUUUGUCAGUGGGUUAAGAAUUUAAGUAUGCCAGAUGGAUAUGCGUCAAACUUAUAUAGGAGUGUUGACAUGAAAGAAGGGAAGUUGAUGUCAAUGAAAAGACAUGAUUGUCACAAUUUCAUGGAAUCAUUGAUGCCUAUUGCGUUCAAUGCCUUGCCUGAUAGAAUAUGGAAGCCUAUCACAGAGAUAAGCUUAUUUUUUAAGGAGUUGUAUUCUAGCACAUUGAGGGUGGAGAAUCUAACUUACAUGGAGAGUAAUAUUCACUUAACUUUAAAUAAGUUGGCAAAAAAUUUUCCUCUUGGUUUCUUCGAUAUAAUGGAGCAUCUUCCAAUUCACCUUGCGCAAGAGGCACGACUUAGAGGGCCAGUUCAGUAUAGAUGGAUGUAUCCAUUUGAGAGGAUUAUUGGCAAAUGUAAGCGGACUGUGAAAAAUAGAUCGAGAAUUGAGGGAUCGAUAUGUGAGGCAUAUCUGGCUAAAGAAACUUCUUAUUUUUGUUCAUAUUAUUUUGGACAUAAUGUGCCAUGUUUGAGAAAUAAACCCAAUCGACAUGACGAUGGAGGAAGUAAUGAUCCUACAGCACCACCAUUUUCCAUAUUCAAUCAACCAGGAAAAGGUGGUCCAAAAAGUAGUUCAAAGCGAAUUUUGACUGAGAAGGAACUAGAGUCAGCUACAACACAUGUACUAUUGAAUUGCCCCGAGGUCCAACCUUAUUAUAGUUACUUUGUGGGUACAUAUGGGCAGAAUGCUGUUUAUCCUAGGUUUUCAAAGUGGUUUAGAGAAUUUGUUCAUAAUCCAGCUAAUGGCAUAUAUGAUCAAUUUAUGCAUGAUAUAGCUUGGAGACCUGAUCCUAGAGUCAAAAAGAUAUCUAGGUAUUGUGUUAAUGGGUACAAGUUCCAUACAGAAGAAUGGUCUAAGGGCAAGAAAACCAAUAAUAGUGGAGUGUGGGUGAAAGGUGAGGGGGAUGUUGAUUAUUAUGGUGUGAUUCAAGAGAUUUUAGAACUCGAGUACAGUGUUGGUUAG